AAUCCUAGCUACGCGCGACCGCGUCCACGACCAGUGUCAGGGUUGAUCGAACGAUCCUCGCCCAACGAUCCGUGAUUGGCAAUCGCGAAAAAGGGACGCGAGUGCUCGCGUAGGUAUACGCGGACCAGAUUUUUCGUUUCACACGCGCGUCCUUCGUCCUCGUCGGCUAAUCGUGAGCGACAGCUUGCAGCGUUUCGGAACGGUAUCAGCUAAUUUGUCAACGUGAAAGACGCUGCCGAUCGUUCACAGCGCGGAUUAUUCAUCCAUCGAAAGGACAACGCCGACAGACUAUGAAUAAUAGUCAAUCGAAUAUAACGACCACUUGCGAGUCGAAGAAUCGCGAUACGCAGUCACCGAUAACCCUAUCGUCGGAGGCUGAUGGAAAAGACUACCCGUUGUCGCCUCGAGGAAGAAUGUCGCAUCCACGGAGACAAAGCAUGUCCUUGACUGCCGUUAUCAACCAUCGACGGGGCCUUCUGGGCGCGUUGAUUUCAGGGAUAGGCAGCAACAUGUCGCUGCCGUCCUGCAUGCCGCAGGAUCACGAAUUUUUAACCGGUCAAAUGGUAGGAUACAAAACGCCCCUGUUAAACAAUCAUCCGGAGAAAUACGAUCACGAGGCGCAAAAGCAGCGACCCAAUUUCCUACCAUUGUCACCUGUCAGCCCCGCUUACGUGCCCGUGAACGCGCUAGAUCCGGCCAGAGCCAAGCAACAGAUGAUCGAGCAAAUGCCACGGAUCACGGAGAAGAGAAAGUGCCACGCGGAAAUGGUGUCCAUCAUGAGUAGCCUGUACGCCAAGCUGUUGAUCGUGAUCGGACUAGCGGUGCCGAUCACGGCCAGCGUCACCGAGAGAGUUCCAGCAUCUUUGAAACAGGGCUUCUAUUUGUAUCUGUACCUGGUGAGCGUGACGUUCGUGAUCUCGAUGCACGUGUUCGUGCUGCGGGACAAAGCGGUGUGGAAUCGGAGGGGAAAAAACGAGAAGGAGCAAAUGUACAAAUUGGACGAGAACGGGGAUCGCGUGAACCAGUGUCAGACGCAACAGUACGGCAGCUUUUGUCUGAGACUCGGCGCGGUGGGAUUUGGCGCUGGCUCGUUGGUAUUUACGGGAUUGCAAAUUGGGGCGGAAAUAGCUUCCGGCCCGUUCAGGGCGAUUACACCGGGUGCCAGGCUGCUGCUAGUCACGGCUCAGAUGCACUUUAUAUUUCUGAACAGUAAAAGUCUCAGCCUGGCCAAGCACACUGCCCUCGCGAAGUUAGGCCUGAUGCACAUGAUCGCGACCAACCUCUGCGAGUGGCUGCAGGCGUUGGUCGAGGAAACGCAACACGAGAUCGAUCAGCUGGGCCACACGCACGACGACGAAGCCGGGAUCCUCGCGUCGCUGCUCAGAGACGCCAGCCCGUUCCUUUUCCCGUGCACAAUUGAAUUCAGUUUAAUUUGCGCGGUGAUACUGUUCGAGAUGUGGAAGAGGGUGGACGAGAAGAAGGAUGCAAAUAGCGAGACCCCGUCGAGAUCUUCGUAUCACCUUAGCAUAGAUUGCAGUAGCUCUCACAGAGGUCUCUUCGGCGGGAUCAUGGUCGUCGCCGCGACGAUAUUGAGCUUGAUCAUGUUCUUCGUGCUGAAGGAGGCCAAGAUGAAGAUCGCGAUCGUGCAGGUCACCGCGUUGGACGCGACCAUACUCGUGUUGGGUAUGAUCGCCUCGGUCGCUGGGACGUCCAAGUUGGAAGCGUUGCAGCAGAAGAUUAUCAAGCCAUCGGACUUGGAUACGACCUUGUUGGCCGCGGCUCAAGCCGGGGUCUAUCUGCAUUGUCUGUUCGGGGUGGUCGGUGAUGUAUUGACAAUGGGCCCGACUUGGGUGUUAUCUCUGAUCACGGAUUUGUUGGCUUUGGUGCAGAGCACGAGCCAAACGUUGCUCAUCAAAAUCGCGUGGGGAAGACGUUGCUCGAGGAACAACAAGCCUGGCAAGGAACUCAUCACCUUCCUGAUCGUCGUCAACAUCGCCCUGUGGACGGUGAACACUCUGGAGAAGUCUCGGGCAGGGGUACGUCCGGAUCAUCUGCGAUUCUUCGGCGUCUGGGCAUGGACGAUCAUCACGCACGUGUCCAUGCCGCUGGCUAUAUUCUAUCGGUUUCAUUCCGCCAUAUGCCUGUUCGAGAUAUGGAAGACGUGCUACAAGAGCAGGUCCAGCAGUAUGGUUCAAAACCCUUACUGAUUGUACGUCGUAUUCGAACGAUGACUUUACAUAGUACGGUGAUUUUAAUAAAAUUGUUAU